AUGUCCUGUGGCCACAACACGCCUUCAUCAUCGUCGGCCACCGCGACUGCGGCCAGCUUCACACAAACACCAUCACGAAAGCAGCCAUGUGCAACUUCAACGUCAGCUUCAACACCCCCUUCGUUUGUUGCACCACCUGCUGCUGCUGGGGUUGUUGUGCCGGCUGAACAUGCUCAUGACCUUGACUCAGAACAGCCGCCAACUCGGGCCGCAUCGAUCACACUGGCACCGGCAGGAGCAGCAGAGGCAACAGAAGCCACGACAAUGAAGCCGUGCGGCAAGUUCGUCCAGACAACCUACUACUCGUGCGUCACCCUGGGUACGUACUCUCACUGCGGCUGGCACGAGCCCAUUCUAGAUGCGAGCACAUCUGCUGCCACGCGCGUCCAGUUGCAGUGGUCGUGGCCGGCACUGUGGACAGCCGCUAUUGUGGUGGCAGUCUGUUUCGUCGGUCAGUGA